AUGUUUUGCCCGAGUAACGAGACGCUCCAGAACAUUACGGAAAAGACGAAACUGCUGGCCCACAAAUGCACCCAGCAGAUACGGAACAGUGCCAGCAGUGCGGCCACGGUAACACCCAGCGCCACCGAUGGUUCCGUAGGCGAUGGGUCGGGUCCACACAACGACCCCGGCUCGGGUGAUCCUCAGCGAUUGAACUCUAAAGAGUCGACCGUUACCGCGACGGUGACGGCGGCACCAACGGGGGAUGGUGGAGGUGGUGGUGGUGGCAAGAGUGCCCUGCGCUGCUUCUGCCCCUGCAAGGGAACGCUCAGCAAGAUCAUGGGCAAGAAGCUGGCGGGUAAGGAGGGCCCGGCCAGUCAGCAGCGCACCACCAAGUGGUAUGUCAAGCAGCCCACCUGGCGUUUGUGGGGUGAGGAACGCGAGGAAAAUGCGGUCUACACGGUCUACCUUAAGAAGGUCCGCUACCAUCGGCCGACGCCCAGUGCCAGCAGUCAAGAUUCCGAUGACGAAAUUUCGCACCUGGAGUGGGAAACGGUUCGCGUGCGGUUCGUCAAGGCGGCCACCCUGUCCCGGCUGGUCGAUGCCCUCGCGACGGACGACGGCGAACUGGAGAGCACGUUCGUGAACGUGUUCCUGAACACCUACCGCACCUUCGCCCAGCCGGAGAAGGUGCUGGAGCUGCUGCUCGAGCGGUACGAGCAGCUCCAUUCCGAGCCGGCCCUCCUGCAGCAGUCGGAGUCCGUCUCCGACCAGCAUAAGAAAACUCUAGUCUCUGUACUCCACGUGUGGCUCGAUGGGUUCCCCGAGGAUUGGGACACGGACAAUUUGCAACGGCUGCUGGCGUUCACCUCAAAGCGUUUGCCAAAAUCGGAAAUACACAUGAAAGCUUUAAAUAGGUUUACAAAUAGGUUAGACAAGUACAGUAGAAUACCACCGCCGCUGCCAUGGUCCAACGAUUAUCACGAUUUCGCCGACCAGUUCGGGGGCCUCUGCCUGACGCCGGCGUUCCGCGGUCCACCGUCGCACCUGCUGAACUCGUACCGCUUUCCCAACAUUCCCGUCAAGCACUUCGCCGAGCAGCUGACGCGCAUGGACAUGGAGCUGUUCAAGCGGCUCAUCCCGCACCAGUGUCUCGGUGCGAUCUGGUCGAACCGGGACAAGCACGAGUGCAGCUCCGUACUGGCGACGGUCACCCAGUUCAAUGCCGUCUCAUUCCGUGUCAUCUCCAGCAUUCUCAUUGAGCCGAGGUUGAAACCGCAGGAGCGUGCCCUACUCAUCUCCACCUGGAUUGACAUCGCCCAGGAGUUGCGGCUGCUCAAGAACUUCUCCUCGCUGAAGGCGAUCAUCUCCGGGCUGCAAUCGAACGCGGUCUACCGGCUGUCGAAGACGUGGGCCGUCCUACCGCGAGAUAAGUUGGAGCUAUAUAACGAGCUGGCGCGAAUAUUCUCCGAAGACAACAAUGCCUGGGCCCAGCGGGAGGUGCUGAUGCGCGAGGGGACGGCCAAGUUUGCCGACACGGUCGGCGAGAACGAUCGCCACCUGCAGAAGGUGUUCCAGAAGCAAAACACGCUCAUCAGCCACGGCACCAUACCGUACCUCGGGACGUUCCUGACCGAUCUGACGAUGAUCCACGCGGCCAUACCGGACUCGCUGCAGGAUGGGCUGAUCAACUUUGAUAAGCGACGCAAGGAGUUUGAGGUGCUGGCCCAGAUCAAGUUGCUACAAGGUGCCGCGAACACGUAUCACCUGCCGGAGGAUCCCCUGUUCGAUCGGUGGUUCGCCUCGCUGCUGGUGCUUGACGAGCGGGAAGCACAUACGCUCAGCUGUUCGCUCGAACCGGCACCGGAAAUGACCAAGCGACCGCCUGCGCCGACUUCCAGUACCGGUGGUGGUGGUGGUGGAGGAGGUGGAACACCAGGUCACAAGAAGAGUGACUCGAUCGCGUCGAAUUCGAGCAGUGGCGCCGGUUCUCAGUUCUACUGUGAUAUUAAUAGCACGUCUAAUGCGAGCUACAGUUCACGCAAUAACUCUCUCGAUCGAGACGCGACGCCACCGAACGCGUCCCUCCUGUCGGCCGCCAGUAGCGUAUCGUCGCUAUCGAUGGACUCGACCACAUCCAGCAGCCAACGGUCGAAUCACACCAGCCAGAACGGUGGCGUUGGGAGCGUCCGUACGCCACAAUCCGCCCGGGUACACAACGGUACCGUCUCGGGCCGAAGUGCCAACGGAAGCCACCACGAAACGCCCAUCAUCAACGGGCAGCUGGUGGCCAACUCGCCGCUCAAGGCCAGCUCGCCCGAUUUCUACAUCAUCAAGGUGACGUACGAGACGGAGCAGGUCGAGCUGGACGGGAUCGUGCUGUACAAGAGCAUCAUGCUGGCGAACAACGAGCGCACACCGCAGGUCAUCCGGAACGCGAUGCUCAAGCUCGGCCUCGAGGGUGACCCGGACCGGUACACGCUCGCGCAGGUCCUCCCGGACAAGGAGCUUCUGCUUCCGAACAACGCCAACGUUUACUACGCGGUCAACACGGCGUACAAUCUGAACUUCAUUUUACGCCCCAAAAAAGACACCGCUGGCUCGGCGGCAUCGAGCGUGGCGGGUGGUGCACGCCCUUAGAGGCAUCGAAUCUCAUCACAUGUACAUUCUUGUGCCCCUUGCUUUGGGCGAUCGAGUGAAAUGGGCUGGUUCACGUUGUACAGCUAUCAAAUAAGCCCCUUUCGCCCUUCGCAAAGCGAGUAUCGGAUCUAUUUUUGUUGCUUGUUUUUAACCCAACGAUACCCUAAUCUAUCGCAAACCCGUUCGUAUCUAGUAGAGUAUUCCUCCGUGCUCAUUUUAUUUCGUAUCCGUUAGUGCAAUCCGCCAGGCAAGCGCUGCUAGUGAAGCACGGAAUAGUUUAAGUCAAACUAAACGGACAACUGGCAAACAGAUCUGAGGGAUAGCCGGUAGUGAGUUGAAGGGAGUUCAUUUUACAAACAGACAGACAUACAUUCGAAACGGAGGUAACAAUGGUACUACGAAACUACGUGCGCAAACCUUUCCAUACCGGAAUAACUGACAAGACUAUAACUCAGUGGAGUUUAAGAUGAGGUUUUCGAGUGGUUUGUUUGUUCUUCUUCACCACCGUGAUCUCUGUCCGUCACGAAAACCCCAACACGUGUGGAUUAUAGGAGGAGGGUGUGGGGAAUAGGGAGACGGUGCGAUACGAUUGUGCGUGGGAAGGAAAAUUCAAACUUUACAAUGCAGCAUGAUGCAGGGUACUAUGUAUAUUUCUGGAUCUAUACAACAGAAAACAAGGGCGUCAGAGCGUUUAACCCUACCGACGCAUGUAUUUUAUUACUAGA